UAUAACCUGAUUUUUCUUCGUUCUUCCUUUAUUUAAAAAAAGACACUUUCUUUCAUUAUUCUUUUAAAAAAGACUUUUAUUAUGAAAAGGUCCUCUACUGUCCCCCAUGUGUGGAAGUGUAUGGUUAGUUUGAGCAGUGUUUAUCUGGGUGUUUAUGGGGUUUUAUCGCUGUUUGUGUUUUAAAGUGUAAAUAGAGUGAAUUGUGAACAGGUGGGAUAAGUGUUUGGUGAAUGAACGGGCUGUCUGUGUGUUUAUUCGCUGGUUCUCGGGGUCAGUUUUAUGGUAAUUUGUAAUGAAAGCUGGGCUGCUGGGCAGAUCAGCUGCAGGACUUGUCUGAACAGAUCCCGGGUCUGAGAUUAAAAGGGGCGGGGCCUGAGGACCCCGACACUCACCCUCCACUCCACACCAGCACUGGGACACUUAAGGAGCAUCAGGAUGGUGAUGGAGAUGGUGAUGUGAGCUCUUCACGGGGAUGGAUGAAAGUCUGUGGUGUGAGAAAACCUGCUCCAGCCUGAUCUCUGCUUUACCUCUGUGGAUCAUUGAAUAUGCCUGGACUAACCAAAUGGAAGAUGUUUUAGAAGUCCUUGGUCCCCCACUGUGGCUGGAAGGUGACUGUAGGCAUCUGACUCCUGAGGAACCAUGCAGCUUGCGUGUGAUGGCGGCUGAAACCUGGAUGGUCAUAAGGGCCAGAGACAUCAAACACUUUGAAAGAGUGAUGGAGUUUCUGGAGGUCACUUACGGGUUAAUGCCUCAGUUAGUGUCCUCCAUCAAACAUAUGAAGAUAAUGUUUGGCUUGAAGACGUUGGUCAUUAUGUGGAUGUUAUGGGAUGACCAGAGUGUGACCAGCAUCAAUGACAAGAUCACAAGGUUCUUUCCUGAAAAUCUCCCACACUACCAUGGAAGUAGCCGCAAACAUUUGGAGCUGAUGCAGAAAACUCAGCAGGAUUUCAAAAGAUUUGCUCAGUCUCUAGCUAGAAAUCCUGACAUGCGCAAAGCCUAUAUCAGGGAUUUGAUGGAGGAGCAGUACGGGGAACGUUAUGCCAUGAAGGUGGAAGAGAGAUUGUUACAUUAUCUGAAAGAGCUGAACAAAGCCCUUCCACAGCCGACACAUAUAGAUCAGAUUUUAAAGCAGUCCUUUUCAUUGGAUGAGACAGAGAAAUUGCUACACCAGCUACUUACCUGUAACAGUGCAUCCUUGCCCACUGCGCUUAAGAGGCUUUUGAGAUGUGCUAUGGCAACACACUUUAGUCAAGUUGAUGCCGAUAAGCUAAAGAAGCGAGCUGAAGCUGACAGACCAGUACCUGGCUCUUUCUGUAUAGCUCUAAGAUCUCAGCAGAGCCCGGAGGAGAGGCUGUCCCAGCAAUGCUCCCAGGGUUCAUGGCUGAAUAGAAAUAAAAGUCCUUCACUUCUACAGAAAGCUACAGAGAGCGUUUGUUUGGAAAGACCAUCUGUGCAUUUAAAACCAAAAUCAGGUUUGAGGCUUGAUAUAACUCAAGGUGACCUUGAUCCAUGUGUGGCGAAGCAGCAGGAUCCUCAGCGAGACGAUUCUGGAGCGAAUGUAGAAAAGAAGACCUCCAUUGAGGAGGACAAGACGGAGCACCUGUGCUCCAAACAUGGAAAGAAUAUGAAGAGUAUCCUACUGGAAUGUUCUGAGGAGCUCAAGGGUCAGAACAGCGAAGCUCCUCUGGCUCAUUUAUGCACUCCAUCAUCACCUCUCACUCCCCUGCUUCAGUCAACUCCUCAGAGAAAAACCCACUCCUCAGCAUCUCCUCCACACCAGGACUCAUCUUCUACAUAUGUAUCUCUGUCUUCACAUCGUGACUCCUCUUCCAGCUUCUCUUACUCUUUUACAAACCUUUCAGGGGCUGUCCAAGUCCAAGAUGCCUCCUCACAGUGUUCCUUAGGCAAGCCAGUCACUUCAUCUCUUAUGCUUCCAGUGCAGCAGCAAGAUAUUGCUAGAACAUCCUCAGACCAACAACAGAACAUCUCAACAACGUCAUCACUUUCAGCAAAACAGAUCUCACCCUUUCUAUUCUCUUCACUUAAGAAUAUCACGACUUCAUCAGAAUCUUCAGGGACGCCUUCUUUAUCUUUAGUCCCGCAGGAGUGUUCCUCACCUUUAGCCAAUCUUUCAGCAUUCCCAAUGAACCAGCACACUCUAGAUUUACCAUCCAUCUCUCAUGACAUAUCAUGUUUACCAAAAUCUUCGUCCCAAGUCCAGCAGGAGAGUUCCUUAUCAAUGCUCUACAAGAAUCAAACCAGUUCUCCAGCAUCCACAAGCACAACAACUUCACCAGCGUCUUCAUCCUCAGCCCAGCAGGAGAGUUCCUCAUCAAUGCUCUCCAUGAACCAAAUCAGUUCUCCAGCAUCCACAAGCACAACCACUUUAUCCUCAGCCCAGAAGGAAAGUUCCUUAUCAGUGGUCUCUAAGAGCCAAAUCAGUUCUUCAGCAUCCACAAGCACAACAACUUCACCAGCAUCUUUACCUUUAUCCUCAGCCCAGAAGGAGAGUUCAUCAAUGAUCUCUAAGAGCCAAAACAGUUCUUCAGCAUCCACAAGCACAACAACUUCACCAGCAUCUUCAUCCUCAGCCCAGGAGAGUUCAUCAAAGCUGUCUAGGAUCCAAAUCAGUUCUUCAGCAUCCACAAACACAACAACUUCACCAACAUCUUCAUCCUCAGUUCAGCAGGAAAGUUCCUUAUCAAUGCUCUCCAAAAAUCAAAUCAGUUCUCCAGGAUCCACAAGCCCAGCAACUUCAGCACCAUCUCCGCCCUCAGCCCAGAUAGAAAGUUCCUCGUCAAUGCCCUUAAAGAAUCAAAUCAGUUCUCCAGCAUCCACAAGCCCAGCAACUUCAUCCUCAGUUCAGCAGGAGAGUUCCUUAUCAAUGCUCUCUAAGAACCAAAUCAGUUCUCCAGCAACGUCCAACCAAAGCCACAAUUCUGUUAGUUUUCCAAGUUCCUCAAGGCAAGAUGUCGCCAGUACCAUCUCAGGAUCUGACAGUGUCUUGAGAGAUAAACUAAAACUAUCCUUAGAGACUCAGGCCAUCUUCUUGCAGUGCAAGUGGCUGCAACCCCAGGUGCUGCUCUGCAGACUGAGUCAACAGAACAGUGCAGCGACCAUCACACCAAAAAGAACCCAAAGCCGGUUAUGUGAAGUGGAAGAGGAGGAGGAGGAGGAGGAAGAAGAGGAAAAUGUAUCAUUUGAUGUCAAUUUAUUGUAUUCAGACUCUGAAUCGGACCCACAAGACUCGGAUGAUCCAGAUUACGCUCCGUCAAAAAGACGCAAGUCAUGCGUGGACUUCUAGAGGGAGUUUAUUGUGUUGUAACAGCUGGAGUUGUAUAAUGUUUGAUGUCAGACUCUUAUUGAUCGACUGUUACCCAGGCAGUGGUGCUGCUGCUCCACACGGUGAAACUCUAGGUUUGUAUUCAGUUCUAUGGAUACUUCAAAAAAAUCUUUUGCUGUACAUUUGAUGUUCAAGCACAGCAUAGUUUAAGUUUUUAUUUAUAGACUUGCUGACAUGUUAACAUAUGAUAUUGUAUGGUACAAGAGGUUAGGGGUUUAGGGUUGUAAAAAAAACAAUAUUUAUCAAUAACUGAGCAAAACACUUUCUUUUUGCAAAUUACAUACCUUUCAUUUUUUUACUAUUUAUUUAUAAGUGGGGCUGCAUGAUAUUGUUCUGUGAUAUAUAUUGUUCUCCAAAAGUCGCAUGGUCCAAUAUAUAUAUAUAUAUAUAUAUAUAUGUGUGUGUGUGUAUCAAAGAUAGGAGUAAAAUUGAUAUUGGGCAGAUAUUUUAUCUUCUUCUGGAAGGUAUGUCAUGAGAAAUAAGAUGUUUCAAGCAAAUUGUAGCUUGACUUGUAUGGUGUAAUUUGUCUUAUUUGUCAUUGCACUUCCUGCAACGAGACUAUUGCACAUGCGCACAUUGUAAGGACAGUGCUAAAACGAUAUAUGUAUUGUGCAAUAUAUAUUAUAUUAUAAACAGGAAGUGGGUUUGACAUUUCAUCAUGGGGUGGAUCAGUCCUAUUAGCAUCCAAUGCCACAUGGGAUGCAGUGUCAGCAACUGGUACCAUAAAUAUAUUUUGUUUUACAUUUGCAGUUGUUAAAUUGAAAUAACUUUAUAAAGAAAAAUAUGUUUAUAUGCACAAAUAUGGAUAGAACUACAUCUAACUUAAGUUAUUAUUAACAUAUUUGGUUUUCAUUUACAUACUAAACCAUUGUUAGUUUAGUAUGUUGUUUCAAGGGCAAUGUUUUGCAAUUAUGUCAAAUUAGAUCAUUUGUUAAAGCAAAGAUGCUAAAGCGGUGGUUCUCAGUUCUGGUUGUUGGGAUUGUGUUUUAGGUGAUUCCCUGCUCCAAUACACCUAAUUUAAAUGAUCACAUUGUUAAUGUAUAGAUGCAGCAGGUAAUACCCAGUUAAUUAUAUGAAUCAGGUGUAGUAGAACAGAGGUAUGGGACAGUUUAUAAAAUAUUUUUUUCUCCAAAAAAAUAAAAUAGGUAUAAUAUAAUAGGUACAGAUAAACACAAAUGCAGUAAAAAAUAAUUUCUGUUGGGUGCCAUAGCCAGCGCCCAGGUGGAUGUGUUCAGUUUAAUCACCAGUUCACCUAAUUAAAUAGAUAGAUAGAUAGAUAGAUAGAUAGAUAGAUAGAUAGAUAGAUAGAUAGAUAGAUAGAUAGAUAGAUAGAUACAUAGAUAGAUACAUAGAUAGAUAGAUAGAUACAUAGAUAGAUACAUAGAUACAUAAAUACUUUAUUUAUCCCGAAGGAAAUUUAGGAUGUUUAACAUGUUUAAGCACUGACUUAUUGGUGAUAAGAACUACACAUAACCCAAUACUAAACUCACAUAUGAAAGAUGUUUUAAAGAUGUAUUAUGUUAGAGUUUUACUGAGUCUAUAAACCCUUCUUGCACGGAUAAGGAGCUUUUUACAUAGGGUUUUCACAAGUGCCUAAACUGUGUUGCAGUACAUUUAUAUAAGCUCAGUAUCUCAGCGACUGUUUAAAACUUUCCUAUUGAUUUUUGACGCCAUUACUUCUCUUUUAUUGCUCAAUGGUUGUGCUGCGUGUGUGUGCUCAGAUGGCACUGUACCAGGGCUAUGUGCUAACAGCACACAACCCACGUGAAAUCUUAUUUGCUGCUGUUUUAGUGACAUAUAAACUUGUGUCCAUACUGGCUGAGGGUUAUCGCACCAUUGGUGUACAUUGACACACUUGCGUUAACCAAUAGUUGAGUAGGCGACGUGCUGGAGGAAAUGUAUAUACUGUGAGGGGCUGACUCAUGGAGCAUGGAACAUGGAACAUGGAGUUCUGUGAUGUGCUAAAUCAUAACAUACGUUUUCACUGAGUGUCACAGUCACACUGACCCUCCUUAGCUUCAGGUACUGUGGGACUGGGAGCUGUGGUGUAGACUUUGAAUGAUGAAACAGAACCAAAGCAAAACAGGCAAGAGUUAGGUGGUGUGUUUUGAGUUAUAUGGUUAGGGGGUGAAGGGCGAUGGAUGUUCAAGGUUAUCUGUGUGUGUCUUGGAUCUCUGAUUCGGUAUUCAUUUGAUGUGUUUGUUAUCUGACGUAAGGGUAAACUUGUUUUCUGGUGUGUGCAGACAUGAUGCAAUGUUCCUUAUGUAAGAGUUCCAUCAUUCUUCAUCCUUCUAUCAAAUUUUGAUGCCAAACUUUAGGAAAGUCUCUCAAUCGUUCGACUAUUAUGUUAAAAAAAUGCAACAAAGACAAAGAAGCUGGUAGAAUGGCCCUGACUUUUCAGAAUGCCCCAAUUUACUGUCAUAAUAGAGUAACUUCUAUUAUACAGUAAUACCUAUAAUGUUGAAACACGUCAUAAAAACUCACAAGGUAAUACCUAUACAUAAUGUAGUAAUGCUUUAAACCUCAUAAUAUAAUAACUACACAUCGUUUACUAUAAGUGCAUACAAUAUUGUUAUUAUAAUAAUAUAAAAAGCAAUUAUGGAAUACUUUUAUACUUACUUUUCUGGUGCUGUUCACUACAUUAUGAUAAUGAUAUGCAAAUAAUAUAUUUCAUAGUUAUUAUAGUUAGAAGUGUUAUAAUCAUAUAACACAAUGUAAGCACCAGUUGGAACACACUGUUCAGUCCACCAGCUCAUCAAUCAUGUAUAAAGGACCUUUUUAAUGUUAUGCAGUAAAAUUAAACAUCAUAAGAAUAAUUGAUUCAGUACAAGUACAUUGAAAUACAUAGUAAAUUGUUUGUAACCUAAAAUGUAAGGUUUUUGAAUUAUUUUAGUGUAACCUUCAUAUAGCCCAGAUAUGAAUAUUAAAGAAUUGUUACACACUGCACAGUCACAUUUUUUGCUUUACUAUUGUGUGGGUCUUUAAUGUUUGUUCAUGUCAGCUUAUGUUCUGUGUUCAUUCUUUUAUAAGUUUCAGAUUUUGUUGAACUGUAUUUGAAUACAUAAUCACACAUUGUCAUGAUGAGCACAGAAUUGCAGACACGUGCAGAUACUGAUAAAAAUAUAUGUUUAUUAUAAAAAUAAACAGAUGUAAUACGUGGUUGAUACAGAAAACAGUUAAUCACCAGAAACCAGAGCAAUGUAGACAAAACCAUACCAUAAACGAGAGACAGUGGAAAUGUUGUAUGUUAUGGCAGCACAGCACAGCAUAUUUUAGAGGACAGAGCAGAAGAAAUUUCAGGAAAUAUACAAAACAAUAUAUAAAAUCUAAAUAUACAAGGAAAAAAUACAAGAAAAUAUACAUUACUAAAAAGUAUAUGGAUCUAUACACUAAUAAGAGAGGAACUGUGGUACCUAGUAUGUAUGUAGUGAUCAGAAAUGUUACACAUAGUACUGCAUCAACUGCAACAAUAGCUGAUAGAAACCCAUAGACAAAGGAAUCCUUUGGCAAACCUUUGUUAAGCACUACAAUACCAUUAAAAGUUCCAUUGAAAAAUACUACUUAAAUCUUUACUGUGCAAAACAGUAAAGAAUCAUACGUUAACCAUGUCCAGAAGUAGCGUUGA